AUGGCAGCGUCAAGGGUAGCAGUGUUGGGGACAGAAGCAGAAACAGCAAAAUCAGCAACAGCAGCAGAGUCAGCAAGAGCAGCAGAGUCAACAAAAUCAGCAGAGUCAGCAAAAUCAGCGUCGGCGACAGCAUCAGCAUCAGCGACAAAGUCGGCACCGUCAUUAGAACAAGAACAAGAACAAGAACGGGGUGAGGGAGAGGGAGAGGGAGAGGGAGAAGGAGAUCCGCUGUUGAAUUUGGGUUCGAAGACGCGUUUGGGGUUGGGAUUUGGUUUGGGGAUGGGAUUUGGAAGGGGGUUGGGGUUGGGGUUGUUUUUGGAGGAGGAGGAGGAGAGUCAGGAGGAGAGGGAGGAGGAAGAGGAGCAGGGUCAGGAGGAAGGGGAGAGGGAACAGGGGAGAGAGGAACAGGAGGAGGAGGAGGAGGAGGAGGGAGACGAGGAAGAAGAACCAGAGCGAGAAAGAGAAAGAGGGUCGUCGGCGCGUAUACCGACGACGAUGGACUUACCAGUAGGCGUAUCGAUAUCGGAGCGAGAGCAAGAGAUAGGAAUUGGACGAGAGGCAGGACACGCGAUAGGUUUAGACAUGGGGAAAACGCGCGGAGAUUCAGACGCGGUGCCGAUUUCGAUGGCGGUGGCGCAAGCUCAGGGGGAGAAAGAAGACGACUAUGACGAUGACGAGGAGGAUGAAGAAGAUGAAGUUGAAGAAGAUGACGAUGACGAUGAAGAAGAGAAUGAGGGUGAUGGUGGUGAUGGAGCUAUACUCGAUGAACGCGCAGCUAUAAUUGGCUCGGAUCAUAUGAAUUUGCAGAUGCCGCCGCCUAUACCGCCGAAGGACGAGGAGGAUAGGGUGCUGCCACCGCUUCCAGAGUGCGAGGGUGAGGGUGGGAGUGCCUCUGCGAUGGAAAAGGGAUCAGAAAACAAGAGCAAGAAGAAGAAGAAGAAGAAUAUAUUAUCCUUUCGUCUAGGACACGGACACGGUGAUGGUGAUAGCGAUGGCGAUGGUGAUGGUGGUGCCGGGAGUGUCGGAUCAGGAUCAGUAGGAUCGCCGUGUAUGCCGUCGCGGACAGUGCCGUCAGCGUCACCGUCAGCAGCUGGAAGGAGCAGGAGCAGGAGGACGAGUGCGAAAGCAGGUGUGAGAGCCGCGCGUGGAUAUGUAACCAGUCUGCUUUCCCAGGUGCCUGUUUCUGCUCCUUCUUCCUCCUCUUUCCGCUUUCGUGUCCCUUUUUCUUUCCCUUAUACCAGCACCAGUGCCUGCAUCAGUGCAGAGGAAAGUUGCACUGCCAACGCCGACCCUGACCCGCGGGACCCUGACUCGCCCGCUCGCUUUGACCACAACCACAACCACGACCACGAGCACGAGCACGUUGCGGACUCGUUGCUUGUAGAGCGUCCAGGGGCUGCUCCAUCGUCAUCAUCCACACCGUCAUCGACGACAUCGAUUCCUUUCCCUCCCCAUCCCCCGCCUUGUUCUCGUCCUCGUCGUUCUUCGGUAGCAGCGCCAUCAUCCUCGUCAGCAGCACCGCCCCACACGCCAGCACCGACACCGACACCGACAGCGCCUCGCCACUCGCACGCACACACGCAUAUCCACACGCACGCUUCGUUCCGGUCUUCGCCGCUCGCUCAGGCCGCUUCGCCGUCUUCACCGUCGUCUGAAGCCGCCUCUCCUCGCACGCCCUCUCCUUCACCGUCUUCCUCUGCUUCUCAUUCUCAUUCUCCGUCACCGUCACCUUCACCGUCACCGUCACCGCCUCUAGCAGCACCACCACACACCCCAGGACCAGGACUCAACCCUGGUAUGCCAACAUCUACACCCUCCAAGCCCCACUCGCAAGCACACUACUUUCCUAGCGCGGCGUCGACGUCGACUACGGGGCUUAUUUCUGCGUUUGCUUCUUCCUCUGGUUUGGGAUCGGGUGCUUCGUCGCCGCCGACUCUUUCUACUUCGACUUCCACUUCUGUCACUGGUAGUGCCAACUCGAACUCGAAUUUGAUACCGGCUUUGGCUUCGCAGCAGGGGAAUAUGCAGAGACAGGUACAGGGUAAUGGUGCGGGUUCAGGACCAGGACCAGGCGCACCAAUGUCUGCACUCCAAAAUCAACACCAAAACCAAAAUCAAAAUCAAAACCAACAUCCAAAUGCACCGUACCAGCAGCAACAGCGUCCACAACAAUUCCCCCCUUCUCCUUCCUCUCCACAGCAGCAGCAGCCGUUCGGGAGACAACCUUCACGCACAGCCGGUCCUCCGCCUAACGCGUACCCUGCCUCUAACCACCCUAACCACCCUAACAACUACCCGCACCCGCAGCACCCCCCACAAGGUCCAGGACCGCAAGGAUACCCACAAGGACCGCAAGGACAAGGACAGCAAGGACACGGGCAGAGAGGGCCGAGCGAGGAAAGCGGGCAGAGUACGCCGCAUCCGCAUCCGCAUCCGCAUCCGCAUCAUGGGCACGCGCAUAUUGCACCCGGGUACGCCGGGCUCGGGGGUAAUACCGUAAAUAGCAAUGGCGGUAAUGGCGGUAAUGGACUACACGGCGGUAACGGUCAUGGAGGUCCAAGCGGCCCGGGACUCCGUGAACCGACGCUCCCGCACUCGCACUCGCGCGGGUCGAUGAUAUUGUAUAGGCUCUCGGCGACGGAGGACGGGAUGAUGUUGCCGCCUCCUGGUGUACCCGGGGGCGUAGGUGGAGGAGGAGGGGGUACGGGCUCAAUGGGGAAUAAUAGGAGAGCGUCGAUGUAUUCGAAUUCGGGGGAUUCGGUGGCUUCGUUUGGCGGGGAGAGCAAGUACCCUCUCGUCGGUGGUGGUGGUGGUGGUGGGUUGCCGCCGUACGCCGCUGCCCCAGGCUCGGGCACACGCACGCCAGGCACGCCAGGCCGCCCCGGCACACCCGGCACGCCCGCCUCAGCCGCAGGCAGCAUAGGCAACCGCGGCGGCGAGCACUCGUUGGCGGAGAUUGGGCGGGUGCAGGGGGGGUUGGUUGCGUAUGUGUAUGAUCCCGGAGAGGAUAUGGAUGCGGAUGAGUUGGAUGAGGAGGAGGAGGAGUGGGUUAGGGGUGUUGGUGGGUAUGUGCCGUAUGCUUUGUUUAGUAAGGUUCAUGGUGCGGGAGGGGGAGGGGGUGGGGGGGAUAAGGGGAGUGUGGGUUCGAUGGCGAAGAGUAAGGGGGGGAGUAGUAUUGCGAAAGUGAGAAGUCAGCGGAACGCACACCACAUCCCACCCGUCUCCAUCUCAUCCAAACCCUCCGGCGUCGGCGUCCUCUCCAAACCAGGCACAUCCAAACACGCACACCCACACGCACACCCGCGCAUCCCAACAACAACCCCAACCCGCCCUACCAAAUCCUCCGGCGUCUCCCUGCGCGGCCUCGUAAACGUCGGCACACUCAUAAUUCUCCUAAUAGGAUUACUGUUGUUGUUCUUGUUGUACCCGAUUUAUUCGGCGUAUAAUAAUGAUGGAGUGGAACAGCUUAUUAUUGGGAAUGCGAGGAUUAAUUCGACGGGGCAGGCGGUUGUUGAGGUUGGUGGGGGGGUGGUGGGGGGUGGGGUGGGUGGGGGGGAUGUGGGUGGGGUGGGAGGGGGAGGGGGGGUUGGGGGGGUGAAAGGACGAGGGGUGGGUAAAGAGGUUAAGGAGGAUGGGAAUGGGCAGGGUAAUGGGAAGAGAGAGUGGACGUGGACGGGGUUCGAGGGCGUGCCAUAG